AUGUCAUUGGACUGCCUCGUCAAUGUUUCUUCGAAAUCAAAGUCAACCCUUUCCUUGAGCACUGAGACUGCCACAGCAUGUACCUCAGACAUGGGUUCUGGGGCCCAAGCUCCACCUAGAAAGGACUCCGACUCGACCUUGGUGGGUGACCUGUUUAAGCUUCUUGACCAUCUACCCUUUGGUGACGUUUCUCCUUCAAGACCAUCAUCGGUUUCCUCGGUCAACACUCGGGUGUCGUGCUUCGGGGCCCUAGAUAUUUUCCAUGCUUCCCUCAGGAGACAAGACGACCAAGUGUUCGUGAUAUCGUCACCAGCUCAGCUAAAGCAGUUGCUUGAUUUCUUCUACAGUGCACCUGAACCCUUGGCGCCGUCCUCAGCGGUGUUUCCUUUCUUGCAUGGCAUGUCUCAGAUCAAACAGAGGAUAUACUUCCACGAUAAGUUCGACCCGGCUACCGACUUGGAUAUCUUGAACUAUCCACCAGACGAGCUUGCGGAAAUGUUUCCUCACGAUUUGUCCUCGGAAACGCCCCAAAUUCCAUUUAAUCUCAUGACUAUCAACACCCUUGAUACUAAUAGACCGCAGCUCAUGAACUCCAUCUCCUUCAAGGACAUCCUCACUUAUAAAAACGACUCUUGCUUUGACAAAAAAGACGAUUACGAUACCCGGAUGUACAAAUCCUUCAGCGAAGUCCACGACCUUGAAGAUCCGCCAGCUUGCACUCAGGAGCUCUUGAAUCGAAACUUCCAUUUACAAGCAAGACAUAUGGCCCUGCUCUCCCACUUUGUCAUUUACAACAACGUCAUGAACCGCUCCGCAAACAUGAAAGCGAUCAACGUGAUCAAGAAGUUAAAACUGGAGCACCAAGCUAUUUAUGUGGUUGAAUUUGCCGCAAGUGAGUGGCCGCAGUGCACCCCUUACUUGGAAGACGAUGUAUCCUACUCGAUAGGUAGUCUUUCUCCUUUCCUUAAACACGAGCCCUACCAAAAAAAGCUUCAGGUGAUGGAGCAGCAGUUGAUGUGGCAGCUCAACGGCACGAAGGAGCUCUUCCCCAAACUAUACAUUGGCAACGUUUUCAACUUCAAACUGCUUGAAACCACCAAACACAAUUUUAAGUUGCAUGUCCACUGCCACGAGAAUGCCAAACUCCCCUCCCUUGACGCCUUGCGCCUAAUCUGUCUGUCGUUGAACUCCGGAAAGAGUUAUGAAACAUACUAUCUUGAGUUUCCUAACUCAAUUGCAAAGUAUACCACUGAGCUUUCACCUACGCAGGUUUUGAGCUACGUCAAUGUUCUCAAGAUUAUCCACACGAUAAUUGUAAAGCAAAAGGCAAAAGCAUUCAUCUACUCAUUUGACGGGUUCACUUCCCUCUCGUUGUUGAUACUUAGUUUGUCGAUGCUCUGGACAGCAGACUCCGUCGAGGAAGCAGCUCUCAAUAUCUUUCGCAAACCUGCUUUCAAACUCUAUCUAUAUCGAGAAGACUUCAGUUUCCUUAGACAAUUCGAGCCGUAUAUAUUAUGGCUCAGGAAGAGCUGCAUCAGCUCAACUAAUCAACUAGAGCUCCAAUUGCCACUUCAAGAGAUUGCCGAAAUGCCACGGGCACGACUAGACUGUUUUGAUUGGUUUGAGGAAGGCAAAGAUAUCAAUUUUCCAGCAUACAUUUACGAGACUCUAUUUCUCGGAUCUGCGGCACACAGCUCCUCUGUUACUGUUCUUGCAACACUCGGAAUCAAGCGCCUCAUAUCUGUGGACAAACUCCCAAUUUGGUACCAUCUACUCUCAUGUGUCCUAGAGCACGAGGCGCCUCCCUUUGAAGCAGACGUUAUCAAACCGAUUUUUCUGUUCAACAACGACAAGGCUAAGGUGUAUGAAAUCCCAGUUCCUGAGGAAAUCCGAAGGAUACUCAAGUUUGAGGUCACAACGAUCUUAUACAUUUAUAAUGUUCGAGACGACGGUAAGGACUCGAUGUUACCCUUGCUUCUUGAGUGUCCCGAGCACGUUCAGCGGAAGCUUCUUGUGAACCCUGAGGAAGCAUCAAGUAGAACACUCCUACAUUGUCGCGUGGGAGUUUCUAGAUCUGCAACGCUAGCGAUAGCCUCUGUCAUGAAACACUUCCACAUGGACGUUUUGGAGAGUUACCUCUAUGUACGCGUAAGGCGGUUCAAUGUGGUGAUUCAGCCCAAUCUUCGUCUCUUCUACGAGCUCUUCUUGUAUGACGAGAUGUUGCAGCGCAAUAGAGACAAGAACUUUAGACGAAAACACUGCUGGUGGGUUGUAUGCGACCAAAUUGCACGACUCAACCAGAGCUAUGCACGAUAA